AUGGUCGUGUCGUGGGUUACCUACCACAAUGUCGUCAUCGCAUUUUCGUUCAUCGGGUUCGUUCUGGUCAACAUCCCGCUGUGCUGGCAUCUGGAGGCAUGGAACAUGGGCUGCGUUCUUUACAUCUUUUGGGCUGGCAGCCAAUGCCUUAUACAAUUCGUCAACGCGGUCAUCUGGAAAAACAACGUAAUAAAUUGGGCACCCGUCUGGUGCGACAUCACGUCGAGGUGGCUCAUUGCUUCUAGUGUUGGAAUUCCCACCGCAUCUCUCCUGAUCAGCAAGCGCAUCUAUCAUAUAGCCAACAUUACCACUGUCCAAUCAAGCCGUGCCGACAGGCGCCGCAUGGUCUUAAUCGACACGUCUAUUGGCCUGGGGAUUCCUAUCGUACAGGUCGCACUAUACUGGUUUAUUCAGGGCCAUAGAUUCGACAUCAUCGAAGGAUUUGGAUGCAUCUUCGCCAUACCAAACACGAUCUUGUCCUCUUUCCUCUUCUACGCGACACCGAUAUACAUUGGUCUGGUGUCCGCUGUCUACGCCGCACUUACCAUACGAGCGUUCUACAAGAGACACAAGCAAAUACGCGAGCUGAUGUCGGCUAACAGCAGCUUAAAAUUCAACCGCUACUUCCGCCUCAUGGUUCUCGCUGGCAUUGAGAUAUGCUUAACCAUCCCCCUCGGAAUCUGGACAUUGGUUUCGAAUGCUACGCAAGUACCCAUAUAUCAAUGGGAAGGCUUAGCGAACUUGCAUUACGGCUUCUCUGCUGUUGACCAAAUCCCCGCGAUAAUCGAGCAGUCCGAUCCGUCCAUUCUGAGUCAAGUAGCGUUCAACCAGUGGUCGGUAAUAUCCUGUGCCUUGCUUUUUUUCGCGCUAUUUGGUGUUACGGGUGAAGCCCAGAAGCACUACCGGGUAGCGUGCGAAUCAGUUAUGCGGAGACUAGGACUCAACACGGUGUCCUUUGGCCGCCUUGCGUUCUGGACGCGACUUCGCCGAAGGAACAAGCCUCCUCCUGCCGAUGCCAUUAUUCCCACCUUCAUUCAGCGUCCGAAACCUGAAUUCCCGCCUCCUAUCUCCAUUUCACUGUCAUUGGAUGACGUCGGGCCAGACGGCAAUGUCAAGGCGACGUAUCCCCCAUCGUCCCACUCCGGGGACUCAAGUACCUACGUUUCUCAUCUCGAUGUGAAGGUGACGGAGAAACCCCUGCCCCCUCUUCCCCCAUCGGCUUCACUUGACGUCACGCCGGUUGUCAUUGCACGGCCCUUACCAGACGUGCCUUGGUCUGUGAGCCGGGACUCCAUUGAAAUUGUUUGACGGUGUUCACAAUAGUCCGAUGUACAGUCAGGUACCUCAUAUCGUUUUUAUACUGUAUACUAAUUUUCAGCCU